AUGUUGAUGUAUUCAGAACGUCUUUCUACGGUGGAAGUAGGCGGCACCUUUCGUGCCUUAUUCGGCAGCACUGUGUUCAUGAUGAUGACAGGCUAUUUGCAUGUCAUAUCGGGGUUGCCGAUCGAACCCGUGUUCGCGAUCCGUCUGUGGUUCGGUCAUUCGCGUGCAGGGACGGUAGCUGCUGAAACAGACAACAAAGAAGAUGAUGAAAGCGAUACCGACAAUCAUUCCACGAACCACCGUGGCGCUUUAAACGAGGUUCACGCUCUUAGUCAUCUCAUUUAUCGAAUCGAUGACGCAACUGCUGCUGUGCCUCGAGGGGCCUUUCGACUAAAGUACGGGAACAAAAUUGCCCCUUCCCCUGAGUUCACAGGUCUGAGCUUUGGUGAAGCUCAAAAGUUUUCUUCCUGGGUUCAUUUCCGUCCAGCAAAAAAUCUUGAAACUCUCCAAGCUCUGGCGUCGAAAGAUUACCAGGUUAGGUAUUCAACUUGGCUUUGCUCGAAACCCCAAGCCAUCCGAAAAACUACGUCUACAACGGUGGCACACUCUUGCCGCGUCACCACUUCUGGCUUACUCCUACGUAUAUUACUCUUCCAAACUCGUGGACCUAUCUUGUGCCGUAAGGCAAGCAGCGAUUCCUACUUGUGGAGCGUUGCACAACCAACUCCAGUAUGA